AGUUAUUGCUACUUAAUGCGUAAACAUCGGACAUCCCCGUAACGUAACCACGUGACACUCGAAGUAGAAAAACAAGAAUCGAGAGUGCGCAUCGAGUAGAGUCGACCGAAGUCACCGACUGAACGACUCGGGUUCAUCGAAGAAAGCGGACAUCGGAUUUGAGAAAAUGUCGCUCUCGAAGCCAUCCAAUCUCAUGUACAGUCUCAUCGGCGCGUAUCUACAGCGUCUCUACACCAAUCCCUUGAAAACGAAGGCCAUAACGAGCUGCAUCAUCACUGCCCUUGGCAAUGUAGUGUCUCAGAAGUUGUCCGGUGCCAAGCAACUCAAUGAAGACAGUGUACUGGCCUUCGCUCUCUUUGGUCUGUUCUUCGGAGGACCAGUACCCCAUUACUUUUACACAUACAUACAUUUACUCGUAAGAAGUCCCCUGGGAAUCCUGCUGAUAGAGAGGCUCAUUUACACACCGUGUUUCCAGGCUUUGGCGCUCUACAUGCUUGCCAUUUUUGAGGGCAAGCCACACCGAUUGGCACACGCUCAAAUGCAAAAAUUAUACCUGCCAAUGUUGAUAGCUAAUCUGAAGUAUCUGACGUUGUUGCAGUACAUUAAUAUAAAAUACGUCCCGCCAAUGUUGAGAGUCUUGGUAGUGAAUCUCAUUGGUUUUAUGUGGGUUGUCUAUCUUGCAACGAAACGAGCGAAAGCUUCGAAACAGAAGUAAAGGGAGAUGCGAUUUUUGUUGUAAUUAUUGUUAUACAUAUCUUUUUUGUAUAGGUAUAUAGAUUUAUAAAUAUUUUUAUAACUAUGUGAAAAAAAUACGACGAUAAUAAGUGGUGGAAUGUGGCAUCAUUCCAAGAGGUGACGGUAUCUCACAUAUGAUAUAAUAUAUAACGUAUCUUGAAUUUAAAUAUAUCCUUUCUAUCUUAGACAAAACAAAGUAACAAUACAUUCCAAUUGCAAUUUGUUGUCCGUCGAAAAACUUGUAAAAUACGUUGACUUGAAAAAUUGUGAAAAAUAUACAUUAAUAUAUAAUCAA